UAAAGGUAUCAGGAAACAGCGGCAGAGUGAGCCUUCCUCUCUUUUCCCUCCUCUCUGCUUCCCACUAGGACUCCUGUUAGUCACAUGACAGAGCUGGGAAAACCUCCUGACUCCCCGCUCCUCCCCUCGCUGUGUCAGUCGGCUAUUUUCUGGCUGUCUGUCGGUGUAUUUGUGUGUCCGUUUCCAUCACUAUCAACCUGCAGAAGCGACGCGAGCAUGGCGGACACAGCCAGGGACCCUCCACCGGACCGCACCGACUUCCAGGAGCUGGAGGACGGGGAGGACCUGUUCCCGGAGCCGGCAGCCACACAGGAGUCAGAACCAGCCAGUCUACCUGCUGAAGACAUCAGCACCAACUCAAACGGACCCAAACAGGAUUCACUGUUUGACGACGACCCAGAGGACCUGUUCGCAGAGGCGACGGAGGAGGUUUCGUUGGACAGUCCCGAGAGAGAAGUGCUGCUGUCGGACGGCCCGUCGCCCGCCAUCACCCCCAUCACACCCCCCACCUCCGUCAUCACUCCUCGCAUCGGCCACGCACACGACGACAUGUUCACACACUCCUCCUUCGACGAGAUUGAAGAAGAGGAGGGCGGCGAUACGUUUGACAUGCACAUAUCAGUGUCUGACCCUGAGAAAGUCGGUGACGGGAUGAAUGCCUACAUGGCCUACAAAGUGACGACCAAGACCUCCAUGUCUGUGUUUAAGCUUCAAGAGUUCUCAGUAAAAAGGCGUUUCAGUGAUUUUCUGGGUCUGCACAGUAAACUGGCCUCCAAGUACCUGCACAUAGGCUACAUCGUCCCACCCGCGCCGGAGAAAAGCAUUGUGGGGAUGACCAAGGUGAAGGUGGGGAAGGAGGACCAGUCGUCCAACGAGUUUGUGGAGAAGAGGAGGUUGGCACUGGAGAGGUACCUGAUGAGAACAGUGAAGCAUCCCGUCCUGCUGAAGGAUCCUGAUGUCCUGCAGUUUCUGGAGAGCUCGGAGUUGCCGCGGGCCGUCAGCACUCAGGCUCUGAGCAGCGCUGGACUUCUCCGGAUGGUCAACAAGGCCGCUGACGCCGUCAACAAGAUGACCAUCAAGAUGAACGAGUCCGAUGCCUGGUUCGAGGAGAAGCAGCAGCACUUUGAGAAUCUGGACGUCCAGCUGAGGAAACUUCACGCCAGUGUGGAGUCUCUGGUCUGUCACAGGAGAGAGCUGUCGGUGAACACGGCGCAGUUCGCCAAGUCAGCGGCCAUGUUGGGGAACAGCGAGGACCACACGGCUCUGUCCAGAGCUCUGUCUCAGCUGGCCGAGGUGGAGGAGAAGAUCGACCAGCUGCACCAGGACCAAGCCAACGCCGACUUCUACCUCUUCUCUGAGUUACUGGGCGACUACGUUCGCCUCAUCACUGCUGUCAAGGGUGUGUUUGACCAUCGUAUGAAGACGUGGCAGAAGUGGCAGGACAGUCAGCUCCUCCUGCAGAAGAAACGAGAAGCUGAAGCCAAACUGCAGUUCACCAACAAACCCGACAAACUGCAGCAGGCCAAGGACGAGAUCAAAGAGCUGGAGGGGAAGGUCCAGCAGGGCGAGAGAGACUUUGAACAAAUCUCCAAAACCAUCCGUAAAGAAGUCAGCAGGUUUGAGAAAGAGAGAGUGAAGGACUUUAAAUCGAUCAUCAUCAAAUACCUGGAGUCACUGGUUCAGACACAACAGCAGCUGAUAAAAUACUGGGAGGCCUUCUUACCCGAGGCCAAGGCCAUCUCAUAGAGUUCACACACACACAAACAACAGACAGUCCUGACUGACUCCGGUCAAACUACACUACCCAUAAUGCACUUGUCCUCCCAGGUCACCCUCUGCCUCCUCCUGUUUAAGAGAAGAAGAGAAGUGAGGGAGCGAAUCAGCUCAAUGUGACUUUUUUUUUUGCAGUUAUAAAAAAAAAAAAACAACAUACUGCUAGUUUCACUUUUUAAUUUUCAGCUCAUCAUCUCGUUUUGUUCCUUUUUCGUUUUGAACUCGUGGUUAACAACAAAACCUUCCUCCUUAUACCGUUUUCCUUCAUGGUGUUGUGAAAAAAAAUCUAGUGGCAAAUUUGGAUUUCCCAUGUGAGAUGUAUUUAUAUCCUGAAAGCUGUGAUGAAUGUUAUAUUCAAGUCUGAAUUUCAUUUUCCUGUACGACGUGAACGCAGCAUGACCCCCGGACACGGCUUUCUCCAAACAUAACGGCUCAAAUAUGGUGUCAGGUUUUAUAUUUUAACCACUUUUGUCUAUCUAUUUUCAUCAACUUUUGCGUUUUUCUGGCGUAAAAGGGCUUCUAUACAUUUAUCUUCAAAUACUACAAUACCCAUGAGCCUCGCUGGCUGUGGAAAAGGUCAAAGCUGUGAAAGUUGAUGUCAAAAUUUUUCCGACAACAUCUUCAAACUUCUAACUUCACCUUGCUCUUUCCUGCACGGCAACAAAAUCUCAAGCAUUCUGAUUGGAUGUUUCCUGCAGCAGUGCACUCUGGGAAUUGUAUUUGAUUUUUCUCGUAAUGUGACAACAAACAGAACUAUUAUUGAAGGAACCCUGCACACCAUAUUUAGCCCAAACUACUUCUUUACUCUAUUAACUGAUGAAUUUUAACCAUAAAUAAUAUUUCCACAUUAUCUGAUUUAUUUUAUUUUAUUCAGCACUAUCAGUUGUGUUCACUGGGAGAUGCUAACGAUGCUAAUAGCUGCACUAAGUGUCUCAGUGGACCAAACUGAGUGAGACUAGCUUGAAACUUGGAACGUGAGCUGUGAAACUGAUCCGGAGUCAGUGAUGAAGGACGACUGACGGCAUCCCUUUGAUAUUGUGUCUUGUACUUCCUGUCACCUGGUCGACCCACUCUCUCCCUCUCUACGCCUUUUCAAAACGAGAACCUGUGUCUUUGUUGCUGUAUGAUCGUCAGUGAAGGCAACAUUUUCUGUUUCUGCCCGUCUUUGAGCCAAUGAGAGGAAGGAAGAAUCUCACCUACGGGUUCAGUUCACUGCUGCCGUCUGAUGAAAACCUCCAGAUCUGAGAAACUGAAAAGGCAUCAAAACAAUAUAUACAGACAUGCAUUUAAAUAUAAUUUAAAAGACUUACAUGGGAAAUAAAAUGGAAUAAAACAGGAGAAUAAAAGUUGCAGAGA